UUGUUGCCUCUCAGCUGUUUAUCAACCACGUCACAUCGUCAAUUCGCUUGCCGCUUAUAAAAAUCAUGUAAAUUUUCUUCUAAACGUAACUCUUUUUUCAAUUGUUUGUGUUUGUCUAUAAAAUAUGAAAUUCGCCGAUGUUUUACGUCGUCUGGAUGCGUAUCCGCGCACCCUAGAUGAUUUCAGCGUGCGCACAGUGGGCGGCGCCGCCGUUACAAUCAUUAGUACCAGCAUUAUAAGCCUGCUUGUCUUUCUGGAGUUCCUCAACUACAUGAAGCCGAUGCUGAGCGAGGAGCUCUUUGUGGACACGACGCGCGGUCACAAGCUGCGAAUCAACCUGGACGUCACGCUGCACAAUUUGGCAUGCAAUUAUAUAUCUUUGGAUGCAAUGGACUCCUCAGGUGACACACACUUGCGCGUGGACCAUGAUGUGUUCAAGCAUCGUUUAGAUCUCGAGGGACAGCCCCUAAAGGAAACGCCCAUCAAGGAAAUCGUGGCCGUUUCGCCGCCCAAUAAGAACAGCACCUGUGGCAGCUGCUACGGUGCCGAGCACAAUGCCACUCACUGCUGCAACACCUGCGAGGAUGUUUUGGAUGCGUAUCGGGUGCGCAAGUGGAACAUGCAGGUGGACAAAAUCGAGCAGUGCAAAGGAAAAUACAAGCGCACCGAUGAAGAUGCCUUCAAGGAAGGCUGCCGCAUACAGGGCCACCUAGAGGUCAACCGGAUGGCAGGCAGCUUCCACUUUGCUCCCGGCAAGAGUUUCUCCAUACGUCAGUUUCACAUACACGACUUUCAGUUUACCAAUGUGAAGCUCUCCCACACCAUUAAUCACCUCUCUUUCGGCGAGAAGAUUGAAUUUGCCAAAACGCAUCCACUGGACGGGCUGCGCGUGGAAGUUCAGGAAUCCAAAAGUGAAAUGUUCAACUAUUAUUUGAAAAUUGUGCCGACGCUCUAUGAGCGGCACAGCGACGGUCAGCCCAUAUAUACAAAUCAGUUCUCGGUCACGCGGCAUCGCAAGGAUUUAACGGAUCGGGAGCGUGGGAUGCCGGGCAUCUUCUUUAGCUAUGAGCUCUCACCGCUGAUGGUCAAGUACGCCGAGCGGCAUGUCUCCUUUGGUCACUUUGCCACCAACUGCUGCUCGAUUGUUGGCGGCGUCUUCACCGUGGCGGGCAUUUUGGCGGUGCUCCUAAACAACUCGUGGGAGGCCCUUCAACGUAAACUGGAAGUUGGCAAACUCAGUUAGCGAACCAAUAUGUGGACUAUUUCGAGAAUCUCUCCAGCUUUAUUAGGCCUAACAAAUUCCGAAGCUCAUCGAAUAUCUCACAAUGCCGACAAAUCGCUAAAUAAAAAUGCUUAAUUUUA